UUGUUGGAUUGGGUAUAUAUACUGCCAGUUUAAUUUUGAGUGGCGCUUUACAGCAUGAAUGCGUACAUCGUCUUCAAAGAGGAGCAAUCAGCUCAUGCUGCUUUGUCUAAUAAUAUGACAGAGAUUGGUGGAAAUCAUAUCCGUGUUGAUAUGGCAUGCCCACCUCGCAAGAAAAUGAAAGGUGUUGCUCGGCCAUAUGAUAGAAAGAGAACAGUUUUUGUGGGCAACCUCCCUUUUGAUGUGAAGGAUGAAGAGCUCUACCAAUUAUUCUGUGGCCUGAGCCAGUCAGAACCAAAUGUUGAAGCUGUGCGUGUAAUCAGAGAUCCAAACACAAGCAUUGGAAAGGGCAUUGCUUAUGUGCUGUUUAAAACCAGGGAAGCUGCCAACAAUGUCUGCAAGAGAAGAGACUUAAAAAUCAGGGACAGAAAUUUGCGCGUCUGCCAUGCUAAACCGGACGCCACUCCAUCUGAAGUUAAAGAGACCCCAAGCAAAGAUUUUUCUCAUGGGAGGCCUGCGCCAGCUUCCAGUUCUACACCUUCAGCAAAAGACAAUAAACGAAACAGAGCAGAUAAUUCUUCCGCUUCGUAUGAAGGCCUCCGCUCAAGCAAAACUGGUGUUGCGAAGAAAUCCUCUAUUCGGCCAAGCCAGAGCAAUAGCACGAUUGACAAUGGUUCCAAGAAUUCUAGCUGGAAUGAGCAGCAGCAUCGCAAAACGAAGCGGCCUGCUGUUGCUGCUAAGAAAGCAAAGCAGCUUCAAAAACGGAAGCAGUCCGACGGCACGCCGGAAAGUAGUCGUCAAAAUAAGAGGGUGAGAAGGCAAUAGGGAGGGUUUCUGAGAGUACUUCAGGCUGUAGGAAGUUUGUGGUUUUUUUUAGAGCUAACAUCAUGAAGCUGUUUCUUUGGAGCAUUCUGAGGUUCAUAAUUGGAAGAUUUACAUAUAUACGACCACUCAAUUUCUACAUGUUUAGAUAUCUAACACCCCAACCUUCAAUUUUGCAUAUAUGCCACCUUGCAUAUAAUGAAGGUGUGUAUUUUCCUUUUCUAAUGAUAAAAUAGUGGUGUUUUUGAUGUGAUAUGAUAUAUUUGGGUGGUCUAAAUGUAAAAGUACUUAAUAGGUAAUUUUAGGCUAGAUAGUGUGACUUUUUUUUAUUUAAUGCAAUUAUGUACCCUUCCUAAGUGAGGAAAUUG